UACAGCCUAGCUAGGUGCUUCAAGUGCCAUGGCCAAGCUCCUCGCCACCUUCGUCGUCGUCGUCUUCUUCCUGGGGCUCGCCGCCACCACGCUCGCCGGCGACCCGGACAUGCUCCAGGACAUCUGCGUCGCCGACUACAAGUCCCUUCAGGGCCCGCUGCGGUUGAACGGGUUCCCGUGCAAGAGGCCGGAGAACGUGACGGCGGACGACUUCUUCUUCGGCGGGCUGACGAACCCGGCCGGGAACGCCGCCGUGGGGUCGGUGGUGACGCCGGCGAGCGUGGAGAACUUGCCGGGGCUGAACACGAUGGGGGUGUCCAUGGCGAGGAUCGACUACGCGCCGUGGGGGGUGAACCCGCCGCACACCCACCCGCGCGCCGCCGAGGUCAUCUUCGUCCUCGAGGGCUCCCUCGACGUCGGCUUCAUCACCACCGGCGGCGGCAACAACACGCUCUUCGCCCGCACCGUCCGCAGGGGUGAGGUCUUCGUCUUCCCCCGCGGCCUCGUCCACUUCCAGAAGAACAACGGCGGCUCGCCGGCCGCCGUCGUCUCCGCCUUCAGCAGCCAGCUCCCCGGCACGCAGUCCGUCGCCGAGACGCUCUUCGGCGCCGCGCCGCCGGUGCCGUCCGACACGCUGGCCAGGGCGUUCCAGAUCGACGCCGGCACGGUCGAGCUCAUCAAGUCCAAGUUCCCGCCCAAGCACUAGGCUGCCGGCACCGGCGAACUUGCUCGCGCUACGUACCAUGCAUCGUCGUCGUCCUGGGUCUCUGUAGUGCGUACUUCAUAAAAUUUUAGUUUGCAUUUUCUUCAUGACCUACGUACCCUACCUACGUAGGGAGGCGUAUGUAUCUGUCUGUUGCACUAAUAAAUGAGUUUUU